AUGCAAGAAUUACUUUAUCAAAAUUUAAAUGAUAAAAAUGAAUUAAAAGUUGAAUCACCAAAUUUAAAUAGUUUUAAUAAUAGUAAUAAUAAUAAUAAUAAUUAUAAUAAUAAUAAUAAUAAAAUUUUAAAAAUUUUAAAAAUAAUUUAUUAUAAAUUAAAAUAUUAUUUUAAAAGUUUUAAAAUAUUUUUAAAAAAUAAUUUAAAAUUAAUUUUAAAAAGAAUUUUUGGUCAAUUAUGUUUUUUAGCAUUAAUUUUUGGAAUUAUUACACCAAUUUCAAUUUAUAUUUAUAAUAAUUCACCAAGUAAAUAUCUUAGUAGUGAAUUAUUAUUUUCACCAGAGAAUUCAACUUAUUCACCAAUUUUACAAAAUAUUUCAAUUUAUGAUCAACAAUAUUUUCCAAAUCAAUGGGAUGAUGUAAAUGUUUUAUUGGAUACUCAUUCACAUACUUAUUAUUCAGACGGUUCAUUAUCACCAGAAGAGAAUAUAAAAUGGCAUAUUUUAAAUGGAUAUAAUGUUAUGUUUAUGACUGAUCAUAAUCAAGUCUAUGGUGGAUUAGUUGGUAUGAAAAUUGCACAAGAGAAAUAUUCCGAUAAAAUAUUAGUUAUACCAGGUAUUGAGUGGACAAAUUGUAGAUGUCAUUUAAAUUUAAUUGGUAUAACAGAGAAUGUACCUUUAAUAAAGUAUCCAACAGAUGAAGAAAUUAAAAAUUUAAUUGAUUUAGUUCAUUCAAAAGGUGGUCUAGUUAUAUUGAAUCAUUAUCCAUGGAGUAGUUGGUCAGGUUUAGAUCAACCUUCAAUUCAACAAUGGUAUGAUUGGGGUAUUGAUUUUUUGGAAGUUGCAAAUCAAUAUACAUUUGAUUAUCAAGGUAUGAUAUUUUGUAAAAAUCAUAAUCUUCGUUAUGUUAGUGGUUCAGAUUUUCAUUAUUAUCAAAGAGCAUAUGCUUGGACAGUUUUUAAUAUACCUGAAUUAGGUAACACUGGUAAAAUACCAACUCAAGAAAUGGUAAUGUCAACCCUCUUAAAUACUUCAACUAAAACUUCAUUUGCUUUUGAUCCAGUUGCAAGUAAUACAAUUAUGGUUGAAUUUCAAUUUACAAAAUUUAAUCCAACUUGGAUUUUCCUUUCACCUUGGAUUUAUUUGGGUGGUUUCUUUCAUAGUUUUUUCGAAUUAAAAAAAGGAAUGUAUAGUUUUGUUGAUGGUAGUUGUACUGGUCAAACUCUAGAUAUUCAUUCAAAAGAAAUUUCUUGUUUAAUUUUUUGGAUUUUUUUAAUUUUCUUUUUAAUUCAUUUUUUAAAUAUUUUAAUUUUAAUUUUAAAAAAUUUUUUAUUAAAUUUAUUUAAAAAAAUUAAAAAUUUUUUAAAAUUAAAUAAUAAAAUUAAAACACCAAAAUUUAAAAGUAAAAAUUUUAAUUUAGAUAAUAGUGAAGAAUUAGUAUCAACAAAUGAAAUAAAUAAUUUUAAAAUAAGUGAAGAUUUUUAA